AUGGGAGGAGUUGGUCGCCCCUGGAAGCAUUGCAUUGGUGUUCCAGCAGCUGAAAGGGGUGGCUUCCUCUCAGCUAGACCCAUUUUUGGAUGGAGUAUCAAGGGUGGGGACCCCACUCCUCUGACAUUGCACGCCGGUGCUCUAGCAGUCAGAGGAACAGGACCCCACCCCGGGGAGACCGUCCCUAAAGGCAUUGCACACUGGUGUUCCGGUAGCCCGAAGGGACAGGGCACACCCGGGUCUGCACACCGUGGGGAAGUGAAGGAGAUGCGGGUGACAGCAAGGAAGACAGACGUCAAGAAUUUGGAUUUUCACCCGGAUUUGGAUUAUCUCCCAUAUUCGGAGGAGCUUUGGGAGUCGUGUGAGCCCUUUAUGGACGCACAAAUAGCCAUCCUUGGAGAGGAUUGCAGCUUAAGGGAAGAAACAAGGGAAAACCUCCGGGAAGCACUAGAUAGUGCGAAGGACUAUGCCCGGAGGCUAGUCAAUGUAGGAAGAGAGGUCCACAGGAGGUGUGCCUGGAACGCGGUGAAACUUAAGGAUGUACAGGAAGAGACCAAGGAAGUAAAGAAAAAAGAAGAGGAGAUAAGAAAGAAAGAAGAGGAGAUGGGGAAGGAGAGGAUUGAAAAUCAAGAGACGAGGAAGGAAAUGAUGGACAGGAUCAAGGAACUAGAGGAGAAAUGUAAGGAAAUGGAAAAGGAAACCGAAAGGUCGGAAGAGAUGGUGGAGGUCUUCUUCGAGGAACAACAGAAAGCGGAGGAGGAGCUACAAAUGGUACGGGAGGAAAUGGAGAAAAAAGAAAAGGAAUGGGAUAUAGAAAGGAAUAAAAUGGCUGAGGUGCAGAUGGAUAUAUUGGCCAGUGAAGCAGGAACAACGAAAAAGAGGGAGGUGAAUGGUGUGGAUUCGUCCACGCAAACAGACACCCCAUCUGAGACAGAGGAGGAUAUGGAUAGGGCGCUAAGACAGGAAAAGGAGAAAGGGGAUAAGCUAGUAGAGCAGUUGCUGUUAAUGAGACGGGAGAUAGAGGCAGUUAGGAAAGAAAAGGACAGUCUAGGAAAUAGCCUAUCACAGGAAAAAGAAAAAGUGAAAGGUACGACUGUCUUAUACGAGGAAGUCUGGAGGAAGAUGUGCGAAGGGCUAAGGGAUGAUUUGAAAAAGAAGGAAGAGAAAGGGAUAGAAAUGGAAGAAAAGAUGAGGCAGAAUAAGGAAAAUAAAAUAAAGGAACUAAGGGAAAUAUUGAGUAGGGUGAAAGAACCUAGACCAAAAAAGUGGCCAGGCACACAGACCGAGAAAUGGAAGGGAGCCGAGGCGCAAACACAAACGGAGGUACCAGCGCUUGAUACUCCAAGGGAAGAGAUAUUGGAAUUCACAGCUGAUCACUCCAUGGAGUGA